AAGUCGGACUUCAAAAGCGCGGACGCGAUGACAAGAAACGCUGCCUUCUGUUUGAUCCAGGUGAUUCUGUUGUGCGUUUGCAGCCAGCGCGGCGAUGGACGCAAUUCGCAGAGCUUGCACGUGCGAUUGGCCCACGGCGGCUGGUUGAUCGGACGCCACAUGACCACCCACAAUGGUCGGCACAUGCGGGCGUUCAUGGGUGUCCCGUACGCGGAGCCACCGCUCGGCGAUCUUCGCUUCCGUCCGCCGGUGGCGAAGGCCUCCUGGGAGGGCGAACGUCUGGCCAUCAAGGAUGCACCUAUCUGCCUGCAGCGCGACCCCUUCCGACGCGACAUGAUCAUCGAGGGCUCCGAGGACUGCCUGUAUCUCAAUGUCUACACGCCCGAAACGCCGAAAGUGAAUGGAUCAUUGCCCGUGAUGGUGUGGUUCCAUGGCGGUGGCUGGCAAUGCGGCUCCGGCAUCAGCAGCUUCUACGGUCCGGACUUCCUGUUGGACCACGACGUCGUCCUGGUCUCGGCCAACUUUCGACUGGGCCCGCUCGGCUUUCUCAGCACCGAGACGCUCGACUGUCCCGGUAAUAAUGGCUUGAAGGACCAACUGGAGGUCCUUCGCUGGGUGCGUGCGAACAUCGGAAGCUUUGGCGGUGAUCAAAAUAGUGUUACUGUGUUCGGUGAGAGCGCUGGCGGCGCCAGUGUCACCUAUCACAUGCUGUCGGAGAAGUCGCGCGGCUUACUGCACCGAGGCAUCGCCCAGUCGGGCACCUACUUCAAUCCCUGGGCUCAGCCCGCUCAUAAAGGAGUCGCAGCUGGCAGGGCCACCAAGUUGGCCGAGCUGGUCGGCUGCGGAUCAGCCGGUGAAUGGCCGCAAAAACUGGAGUGCCUGCGGGAAAGGCCUGCCGAUGAAAUUGUGGCCUCCUUAUACGACAUGUUUGUUUGGGACUUUGACCCAAUGAUACCCUUUCCGCCAGUCAUCGAACCGGAGCACGAGGACGCCUUCCUCACGGUUUCACCUCGCCAGGCGCCACGGCCUCAUGGAUUACAACUGCCACUGCUCGUUGGUGCCACCGCCGAAGAGGGACUCCUGAAAACAGCCGCCCUGCUGAAUCUUCCCCAGCUGCUGGCCGAGUUUAAGUCGCAGUUCGAGCAGGUCCUGCCCGUCGUCCUCAACUACGAUCAUCACGAGGAUACCGUGCAGCAGAGUAUUACGCAGCGCAUCGAGGGCUUUUACUUCAAGGCGGGUCACGAUUACGAUAAGGCCAACCACCAGAAUCUGACCGAUCUGAUUUCGGAUGGCUGGUUUGUGGCUGGUAUCGAUGAGUACUUGCGCCUUCGGAUGUCCCAAGAGGGCGUGGCACCCACAUAUGUCUACCUUUUCGAUCACAAGGGCGCCGCCAGUUUUACGGAGAUUUUCAAGGGCGGACGAAAUGAAUUCUACGGCGCGUGUCAUGCCGAGGAGCUGCAGUAUUUAUUCCCGAUUGGCCGGGAGCUGUUUGUGAGUGCGGUGCCCACGCGAAAAGAUCUGGAACUCCGUGAACUGAUGCUCCAUUUGUGGGUCAGCUUUGCAAGAACGGGCAAUCCAAAUCCGACGAAUGUCAGCUUCCAUUUGCCCACUUGGAGUCCUGCGUCCAGUUAUCCCGUGGAAUAUGCCCGUUUGGGAACCAAAAUCGAGGAUUCGCCGUCAAUUUUCCGACUGGAGAAUGCACUAAUGCAACAGCGCGUCGAUUUUUGGAGGGACUUGCAGCCCCACUUGCCGGCCAGCCACAACCACAACGAGCUAUAGUUUUCACAGUUUUCAUCCAAAUGUAUUCCAUAUUGCACUUCAUUAC